AUGGCUGAGAAAAAGCAAUACAUUUCCACAGAGCCGGCCGAUAAGGUAACCAUUCCAUCCCCUUCUCCAUUGCACAUUUCCAAAUUUCAGAUCAAGUUUCGCGCUAAACCGCAAGAAGAGCAGAAGACGUACCUGAAGAUAACGAACAAGAGCGAAAUGAAGCAGGCGUUCAAGGUGAAGUGCACUCGGAACGAUCUGUUUCGCAUCAAGCCGGCCACCGGAAUUCUCGACUACAACCAGACUCUCACCGUCAUGCUCAUCUACAGGUGAAGGAGGAAACAAAAGGAGAGACGGAUGAUGUUUUUGCAGAGGUGCGCAAGAGAAGCUUCCGUCGGAGGAGAGACAUCACUUCGGAGUGUACCACAUUCCGGCGCCUGAGGGGUGCACUUGCGAGGGCGUCUGGGCCGAGCACUACGGACCGCCGCAGGGGGAGCACAAGCUCAGAGUCGUGUGGGAAUGA